GAAGGACUCCCAGCCCCACAAUGCACCUCUGCGGGCUCAGGUGGCGUCCCUAGCAACGGCAGGCCUGGAAGGCAGAGCCGGGACCGGAGGAGGCCGGCCGGGCGCGGGCACAAGCGGCAGCAGGAGAAGCCGCCGCGAUCAUGGGGCAGGAUUACUACGCGGUGCUGGAGCUCACCCGCAGUGCCAAGGAUGCCGACAUCAAGAAGGCCUAUCGCAAGCUUGCUUUGAAGUUCCACCCUUAUAAAAACAAGGAGCUGUGGGCACGAGAGAAGUUCAAGCAGCUCGCAGAAGCCUAUGAUGUCUUGAGUGAUCCUGUGAAGAAGGGUGUUUAUGACAAAUUUGCAGAGGAAGGCCUCAAAGGAGGGAUCCCCUUGGAAUUUGGAGCUGACACCCCCUGGACAGAAGGCUAUGUGUUCCACGGGAAUCCUGAAAAAGUCUUCCGGGACUUCUUUGGAGGGGACAACCCCUUUGCUGAGUUCUACACCGGAGAAGGGGCUGACGUGAACAUGGCAUUUGGGGGGCUGCGAGGAAGAGGAGUGAAGAAGCAGGACCCUCCGAUUGAGCGAGAUCUCUACCUUUCACUAGAAGACUUGUUCUAUGGAUGCACCAAAAAAAUCAAGAUUUCACGCAGGGUGAUGAAUGAUGAUGGUCAUGCCUCCACUAUUAAAGAUAAGAUUCUUACCAUCGAUGUGCAGCCAGGAUGGAAACAAGGGACCAAGAUCACCUUUCAGAAGGAAGGAGACCAGGGCCCAAACAUUAUUCCAGCUGACAUCAUCUUCAUUGUAAAGGAGAAGCUCCACCCCAGGUUCAAACGAGAGGAUGACAACCUGAUCUACGUGGCCAGCAUCCCUCUUGGAAAGGCGCUGAUUGGGUGCACCGUGGAUGUGAGGACGCUGGACGAAAGGCUGCUGAACAUCCCCAUCAAUGACAUUGUCCACCCCAAGUACGUCAAAGUGGUGCCCGGGGAAGGGAUGCCUCUCUCCAAGGACCCCACCCACAAAGGGGACCUCAUCAUGCAUUUCGACAUCCACUUUCCCAAAAGACUAACCCCUGCCAAGAAGGAGCUCCUGAGGGAGGCGCUGUUGACAUGAGAGGUCCUGUCUUUGCUUCUGUCUUCCCUUUGGAAAAAAAUAAGUGCCUAUCUUGUGUA